GGUUUAGUGAUCCAGUAACAGUGUAGUGUCUUGAAGGUGAAGAGUUGUUUUUAAUAUUAAUUUAUGGUAUUUUACCGUAAUGGUGCCACCAUUAGUGAAACAAUGGUGGGUAGCCCUGGCGGCGCUGCUAUGCCACUUCAGCACCGGUGUGAUCGUGAGCUACCCCUCGUCGCUACUGCCGGCACUGAUGGCCAAGGAUUCUCCCAUCAAAGUGGACCUUAACAUGGCGUCUUGGCUCGCGUCAUCCAUGGCAACCGCCAUGAUACUCGGAGACUUGGCAGCCAUCUACAGCCUCCACAGACUGGGCCGCAAGUGGUCGCACGCGCUGUCCAUCCUGCCGGCCGUGCUGGGCUGGCUGCUGGUCUACCUCGCCGCCGACGUCAGCACCAUCAUGGUGGGCAGGAUCCUCACCGGCAUCUCCACAGUCGCCAGCUACAUCAUCGGAAUGUGCUGCAUAUCCGAAUAUACAGCUCCAGAAGUGCGCGGGUUAAUGUUUGCGUUGAAGACGUCGUCUUUUGUUUUAGGGGGUUUUCUAGUUCAUAUUCUUGGGAUUCAUUACUCUUGGAGGACGGUGGCGUUGUUUAGUACGAUACCGCUGCUGGUGAGCCUGGGCAUCACGUGCACGUGGACGGAGAGCCCGGCGUGGCUGCUGGUGCGCGGCGACCACCGGCGCAGCGAGGAGGCCUUCCACUGGCUGCGGGGCUCCGGCGAGCGCGCCGUGCGGGAGUUCCAGGCCAUGCUGCAGGCGCAGAGGGAGCGCGACCAGAACACCACCAAGAGGGGAAGCUUCAAAGAGAAGCUCGUUCACUACCGUGACUUUUACACGCAGAAGGAAUUCAUAAAGCCCUUGAUUAUUAGUUGUGUCGUCAUGGUGUGUAUGGAGACGUCUGGGCGGCAUAUUAUACCUGCGUUUUCUAGUACGAUCAUGGCAGAAAUCCUGCCUGAUAUUAAUGUGUCUGAUACUUCUAUUUAUAUUUUAACCUUCGAUGUCAUCGCUUUAGUGGGCAAUGGCGUGUUAAGUAUGAUUAUUAAGAUCUUCAACCGUAGGACUAUUAUAUUUUUCAGUGGUUGUCUAUCAGUGUUGAUUCUUCUGUUAUUAUCACUGUAUGGUUAUUUAAUUCAUCUUGGAAUAGCAGAGAGUAGACAAUGGCUAUUAUUGACACUAUUAAUAAGUAUGAUCGUAGUGACAAAUAGCGGUAUAGUAUCUCUACCAUUGGUAGUGACAGGAGAGAUAUUUCCACUUCCUUAUAGAGAAGUAGCUACAGGAAUAUCUAGUGCUGUUUCAUCAUUGCUUUUGUUUCUUGUCAUGAAAAUGAGCCUACUAUUGUUCGCUUCUAUCACAGUUUACGGAACAUUUACAGUAUUAGCUAUACUUUUACUAUUAUGUCUCGUGUAUUUGUACUACAAUCUACCAGAGACUAGGAAUAAAACGAUGCAAGAAAUUGAGGACUACUUCAAGUAUGGGAGAUUCAUUGAGAGGCAGUUUAAGAACGGGGAUAACCCAGAAACUGAAGCCAUGUUUACAGAAGGUUUAUAAUAAAUGGCACGUUGCACGACCACUAUUUUCUAGACUUUUGAAAGAAUCCGUUACAUUGAUGCAAAAGAUUGUUUUGUAUCAAGUUUUUUUUUUCAAAGUUAUAGAAACUUGUAGGCUUAUCUAGUCUACUGCAGCCCACCCCUAGUUCAGAGUGAAAAUGCUACCUAAUGCUGUCAGGUUUUUUUUGCCCCAGACUAUACCGACCUUGGUUUUUAUUCCGUUCAUAUUACAACUUAUGAUCAAGGGAUUGGGGACUUUCAUAAUUACUUACAUUAUUUAUAAAGUACUUUAAGUAGGUACUUAGCUAUAAUUAAACAGGACUAGUUAGUCGUAAGAUUAUGUUAUACUUACAGAAAAAAUAAUAAAUAUAUACAGAU